AUGAGUUGGAUGCUCUCCAUCUGGGUGGCUGCGGCUCUGCUGGCUCUCUGUAGGGGACAAAACACUGUGUACGAAGGAAAUGGUCUGUCUUUAUCCGGCUACCAUCUAUGUAUUCACAAUGAGACGAGGAUGGUGAGUUUCCUGGCGAUGCAUAAGGUCCCCUACACAGCGACAAAGCCUUGUGGCGGCUGGCUUCUCUGGAAGACAUGUACAGUCACACUUUACCGAAUGAUCUAUCAGACUGAGUACAAGACGGCGAUGGAGCAAGUUACCAAGUGCUGCGAUGGCUACGCACAAGUCGGUCGUUACUGUGCCCUGUCUGUAAACAGGAGUGGGGAGUUCAUUGCCAAACCAGGCUCCUGUCCAACUGCAGAUGGACUGUAUCCCGGAUCUGAAGACUGUGAGUGGGACAUGGACUGCCCAGGCUGGCAAAAAUGCUGCCAGAGAUUGGGUCGCUGUUUCUGCAGUCAUCCUGCAAACUCAACUAAUUACUCUGAGAAUGGAGGAUCCCGUUUGAACGCAACAGUGACAGUGAAGACAGAUUACCAGCAGCUGAAGCUGAAGGAUAAAGGACUUCUGAAUCACACACGAUUACUACAAGCAAUGGUGACAGGAGCUUUGCAGUCUGAUGAAGUUUCAGUGUAUUACCUCAGCUCGUGGCCUGUGCAUCCAUACAGAACUGCUACCUCACUGCUGAUCGACUGCAACGUUACUCUGUCACUGUACAAUGUCACAUCAAAGCUGCAUCUUCUUCUCAAAAACAUAGAGGAGGUGUCAUCUGUAACUGUGGAAGAUGUAGAUGAGUGUGAGGAGUCUGCUCUCUAUCAGUGCUCCCCUCAUGCAGACUGCGACAACACGGUGGGCUCCUAUCAGUGUACCUGCCGCCAAGGAUAUAUUGAUGUUGAUCCUAGCAACCCUGGAGCCCAUUGUACAGCUGAUGUCAGGUUGUGGACCACCACAGAGACCCCCGUGACCUACCUGCCACCCAUGAACACAACUUACACCCAAACUUCCAACACCACACAGGACCCUCCAGACAUCAGCACCACUGGUGUCUUCAACUCCUCUGAGAUCAGCAUGACCACAGCUCUGAGUAACACCAGCUCUGUCCUUUAUAAUUCAUCACAUGCUCUGCCGUGGACAACGUCUGCUCCAUCUGCCAGCAUGAGCUCAACUGUGGAGUUACCUCUGCCGACAACCACAUGCUCUCCUCCCAGCAUCACCACCUUAACAUCAUCUAACAUCACUGGAACCUCCUUCUGUGUGUACUGGUCCAGCCAGUUUCAGUCAAACCAGACCUAUCAGGUUGCUAUAAGCAAGGGGUCAGAGGACAUUCAGUUUUGGGAAACCAGUCAGACCAUGAUGGAGGUGAGGGGACUGCAGCCUGGGGUGCUGUACAAUGUCACUGUCACGCCUUGUGCCUGCGGAAACCAAGGAGUCCCCCUGCGUAUAUCAGUCAGGACCGAUGCUCAGACUCUUGACGUCACAGCUCGACUUACCAACAUCCCUUUCACUGCUGACCUGCAGAACACCAGCAGUCAGGCCUACCAAAACCUCAGUGCGAGUAUUAUAGAGGAGAUCUACCAGUCUCUGUCUCCAGAGAUGAAGGCCAUGGUGGAUUCAGGCCAGGUGAGAAUCGAGAUCAGAAGCUUUUCACUGGGCAGUGUGGUGGUCAACUUCACCCUCAUCUUCACCCCCAUUCAAAGCCAAGACGUUAGUGAUGUGUCCACGGCUCUGCUGAACUCCCUGAUGAACAGCUCCAAAUACAGUGUGGAUAGAAACAACACAAGCAUACAUGAUUCUGAUGAAUGUUUGUCAGGGGAAAAUGACUGUUCCCAAUGGGCCAUAUGCACAAACACUUGGAGCUCUUACGGGUGUGUUUGCCUGGAGGGAUUUACUGACAACAACCCAGGCAGACCUGGACGAGCCUGUCAAGCAAUUUCUACCUUGGAGACAAUGGCACCAUCAGCGACACCCACAAUAUCUUCUACAGUUAGCACUACCCCUUUCUCUGUCAUGUCGCCCCCAAACAAUGAUCCAGCGUUAACCACUGUAACCACCACUCCUGGGAUAAUCACAUUCACUAUACACUCAAUAAAUGAAAUGGUCUCAACUACCACUCCAACAACAAUGACUACUGCCCCAACAACCACUACUACUGCCCCAACAACCCCUACUACUGCCCCAACAACGAUUACUACUGCCCCAACAACCAUUACUACUGCCCCAACAACCACCACUACUGCCCCAACAACCACCACUACUGCCCCAACAACCACCACUACUGCCCCAACAACCACCACUUCUGCCCCAACAACCACCACUUCUGCCCCAACAACCACCACUACUGCCUCAACAACCACCACUUCUGCCCCAACAACCACCACUACUGCCCCAACAACCACCACUACUGCCCCAACAACCUCCACUACUGACCCCACAAUCAACACUACUGACCCUACAGCAACCACUACUGCAAUGACAUACAUGACUUCUACCCCUACAACCGUUGCCAACCCGACAACCACCCUUACCACUGCUACAGCUGCCAUGAGAACUGCCACCAGUGUCUCUAUGUUAAAGGGCGUCUCAGUCCAGUGCAGGGUUGCUGCCAUCACUGUGACAGUUGCCAAGGAUUUUCUUCUGAACAACACAAUCAGGGAAAGCGCCCUGUACUUGGGCUUGCAGGAAUGUGGCGUCAAUGGAGGCAAUGACACCCAUGUCCAGCUGACUGUGGGCUGGGACGAUUGUGAUACCAGGCUUGUACAUAAUGAAACCUACUACACGGCAUCUGUAACCCUGUUCAACACCAUGGAUCCAUCCAUCUCACCCAGUGGAACAGUGGAGGUGCCCAAAAAACAGUUGGAGGUUCCCAUCAUGUGUACCUACCUGAAGAGCAUGCUUAUCUCUGCUGACUUUGGCUCCAUGGGGUAUAACAUGAUCAAAGAUGUCAUCAUGGGCUUGGGGUCAUUCCAGGUGACGGUGCAGCUGAUGAACGGUACAGUGCCUCUACCCCACAACUACAGCCUGUCCCCUGAUGACAUCGUGGUGGUGGAGGUCAGCCUGAACACCUCCUCAGAGCAGAUUAAAGUCAUCAUCAACAAGUGCUGGGCCACUCCAACCCCAAAUCCUGCAGACACCUACAGCUACACCUUCCUGGAGAACAGCUGUUCGCUGAACAUGUACACCAAAGUGUUGAUGAACGGAAACUCCAGCACGUCUCGCGUGUCUGUGCAGAUAUUCUCCUUCGUCAACCUGAAUGUGAUCUACCUGCACUGCCAGGUCCACAUCUGUGUGCAGAUUGGAUCAGAUACCUGUGUGCCUGACUGUUUUCAAAGAACAGCUCGAUCUUCAAACACGAUUGGUACAGCCUUUGGUUCCUCUGGACCUCUGCUCAGAUCAGCUCUAACAUUCUUGGAGGAGGAAUACAACACUCUUCAUAUAGUUGGCUUCUCCUGUCUUGGAGUCGGUCUGACGCUCAUCUUCAUUAUCGGUUUUGUGUGCCUUUUCUACUGCCAAAGGAAUCGCAUUGGACACUACAACUUCAGCGUCAAACCCAAGGAGGAGAACUUCACUUACCUUGUCUUCAACACCUAGGGGUGCAGCAGCACCCCCCAACCAAAGUCACAGGAUUGGAAAAUUGCAACAGCAGAUAAAUUCAGCAGGCUUUUACCGUGCAGUCGCCACUGGGUGUCACUGUUGCAUCAUUCACGCAUUAGUUCGCACCAAAUAUUGCAAGUCUUUGCACAUGAAUCAAUGAAGUACAGAAAUUUACAUUUCACCUGCCCAUCAAUAUGUAUUUAAAAUAUUAAAAUGAUAGAGUUGUUGCAUGUUUGUCAAAUAUAGAUACUACAAAUAUUUUAGAAAUAUUUAUUAUUUUAUUAAAUAACAUACCAUCAAUAC